AUGCCGUUUGAAGUCUGGAAGACGCGCAUGGGCAGGUACCGCAGCGAGGGCACGCUCGAGGCCUUUCAGGAGAUCUACAAGGGGGGGGGCGUCCGCGCCUACUGGAAAGGCCUGGCUCCCAAGACGGUGGAGUCCGCCUCCAAAGGCGCCGUGCUGCUCUACUCCAAGGAGUUCAUCUUCUCCGCGAUGCGUCGCUUGGGCGCCUCAGAGACCGUCAGCGGCUUCGCAGCUGGCGCAGGAGGCGGCGUCUGUCAAACGGUUGUCAUGGCGCCUUGCACGUACGUGGUCACGGCGCUCGUGACGGGCGGAGGCAACGCGGCUGAGAAAGUUCGCCAAGUCUGGAAAACCACGGGAGUCAAGGGGUUGUACUCGGGAGGCACAGCAAUAGCGUUCCGGCAAGCCACGAACUGGGCCUCGCGGCAGGGCUUCACAGAGUUCGUUCGAUCCAAGAUGAAGCGCGGCGAUGAAAAAGCAAAGCUAUCGAAUGCGCAAGAAAUCGCCGCAGGCAUCGUUGGAGGAACCCUGUCGACAUGGAAUCAGCCGUUCGAAGUUGCGCGAAUUCACAUGCAAGCGGCAGCAAACGAGGGAAAACAUAAGGCCAGUCUUGCCCAGACUCUCCGCGCGAUCGUGGCGCAGGACGGCCUCGCAGGGCUGUUCAAAGGCAUCGUUCCUCGCAUCGGACUGGGCGUUUGGCAGACUCUCUUCAUGGUCACGGGCGCGAAGCUUCUGAAGGACGCCAUGAAAUGA